ACGGUUAUCAGUAAGGUUACACCAUUCCCAGGGAGCAUAAUAAAUCUAACAUCGGUACCGCGCCAGUACCGCACUAACGUCUGCUUCACCAUGACGUCGCUAUCUUGUCUUCUGAUCCUCUGCAUCUCAGCCAUGAAUUACGUCCCUUCGGCUGCUUUCUGCCUCCGCUACAUGUCCUGCUACAACGAGGCCUACUUGGUCUACGACAAACUCGAAAUUCACCACGAGGACCACGAGGUGAGGUCGGCCACUGUCUGCGCGGGACUGUGUCUGCGGGAAGACCCAGAGACGCCUAUGGUCUUUGUGACAGUGAUCGAGAUGAAUGAGCGCCUCGUUUGUGGCUGCGGUGACGAGGCUGCCCUCGGGAACCGCUCGGGUACGUUGAACGAUUUCUUCUCUUGCAAAAGAUGCCCCGACAGCGAAGAGAAGUGCGGCGGCAUGGGCUCCGUCAGCGUGUACUUUAUUGUGCACAAAGAAGACGAGUGUGGUGAGCCAGGAACGACCGCGCGACAAACAACAACUUCUACGACUUCCACUACUGCUACAAAUGUUAUUACAAAGGAAACAACACAGCCAUCGACCCAGGAAGACUUAUUUCUCUUAGGCUGCUACAGAGACAACGUGACACAGGUGGAACUCGCUUACCUGAGCGACCCAGAGGCAACUAUAAACGCCUGUGCUGCAACCUGCAACAGGACUUACCCUGAUAAGGAAAUGUAUAUGGUUAAAUACAAUGGGACUGGCCUAAUUUGCGGAUGUGGGCACGAGUCAUCCGUCAGUGAGUCAUCUCAGGUACCAGAGUCCGAGUGUGACUUUCGCUGCGGUGACUCAUCUCUUCCCUGCGGCGGGCGAGACUCCUUCAGCGCCUACAGGAACACAGGCUGGGCCGCUCGGAUGCAGUGGUCACUCAUUCUGUUCCUUGCUGCUGUUUUGACGAUCAGUCGUUAAUUUUUUUUUUUUAAUUUAAAAAUCUAUUUGAUGUUUUUGUUUUCAUCUUUAAAUUGCUGUUAGUUUUAUUAUUGUUAUUAUUAUCAUUGUUAUUAUUAUUAUUAUCAUCAAUGACGUUAUCAUUAUUAGUAUUAGUAUCAUUACUAUCAUAUUUUUGUUGUUAUUAUUAUUAUUAUCAUUAUUAGUAUUACUUUCAUUAUUAUUAGUGUUAUCAUUGAUAUCAUUAAUGUUACUGUCAUAACUGUCAUCAUCAUCGCCAUUAUUAUCAUUAUUAUCAUUAUUAUUAUUAUUAUUAUUAUUAUUAUUAUUAUUAUUAUUAUUAUCAUUAUUAUUAUUAUCAUUAUUAUUAUUAUUAUUAUUAUUAUUAUUAUUAUUAUUAUUAUUAUUAUUAUUGCUAUUAUUAUUAUUAUUAUUAUUAUCAUUAUCAUUAUCAUCAUCAUUAUUAUUAUUAUUAUUAUUAUUAUUAUUGCUAUUAUUAUUAUUAUUAUUAUUAUUAUUAUUAUUAUUAUUAUUAUUAUUAUUAUUAUUAUUAUUAUUAUCAUUAUUAUUAUCAUUAUCGUUAUUAUUAUCAUCUCCAUCAUCACCAUCAUUACUAUUACUAUUCUUAUAAUUUUUCAUCAUUAUUAUAAUAAUCAUUACUUUCAUUAUUAUGUUUAUCAUUAUUACUAUUAUCAUUAUCAUCACCAUUAUUAUUAAUAUUAUCGUUCUCAUUAAUAUGAUACUGUUAUCAUUAUCACCGUUAUUAUUAUUGCUGUUACCAUUAUUAUUAUUUUGAGGAAUUAAAAGAAGAGAGGAGGAAAAAAAUCGGAUGUUUGUGUUUGCAAAACUUAUUUGCCUGUGAUUUGUGAUUUUUUUUUUAAAAUUAAAAAUACGAGAGUUGAAAGAUUUAUAAUUGUGUUUGCAAAUAAAAACUGCUUUUGAAAACGUGA